CUGGCUAUGGAAUUUUUGGGUCAAGCCACGUAUCAUUGCCAUUACUCAACCACGAAAAGCUUCAUUUUGAGAAAUUUUACUAUCUCUUCCCACUCGGAGAAAAGGAUGCAUUGGCUCAGCACAAUGAAUCAGUAAAAGAAGCCGAACCAGUAAGGAUGUCGACCAGUGCAGCUGCUGUGGAGGUCUUGCCACCACCACAAAAGGGUGUUUGGAGAGUGAAAUUAGUGAUUGAUACGAAACAGUUGGAGGAAAUUUUGUCGGAAGAGGUUAAUACAGAGGCCUUGAUUGAGCAAAUGAGAUUGGCUGCAAGUUCAGCUAGUGUAACACCCAAGCGAACGAAGAUCAAUUGGGGUCAAUGGGGAGUAAAUUUGAAGCCAAUUCUCACCAAUGUGUUCAAGGGUUCUAUUGAUCAACAGAGUAGAGUAGCACGGUUACCGGAUUUCUCUAUCAGCGGUCCAAUCCAGGGGAAGGCAGCCAAUGAGCUCAUUUUGGGAACAUGAAAUUUCACAUUGUUGUACUCUGACUGAUACAUUCCUCUUGUAUCUUAAUAUAUAUCAAUGUUGAUUUUAAAUAAGGUUUAACAUGAGUGAUUUUCAUUUCCUAGUAUUUGUUCUAGGAGUUUCAGCUCUGAAAAUUGUCACCAUAUGGUUUUUUUUGUUUUUUUUA